UUGAUCCAAUUCACUAUCUAUUGGGUCGUACCCUCUUCUUUAGUUUCCAAGAGCCUCUCUCUGCUUUCGCUAGUGGUACUGUCUUUGCUUUGAUUCUCUCUUCUCUGUUUUGUUCGGUUUCGCGUAUUGUUUUGUCACAGGAACUUAAAAAAAUGAAGAAUGCAAAGGGUAAGGGAGCAGCGAAGACUUCAAAAGAAGCUCUGAAGCCUGUUGAUGACCGAAAGGUUGGAAAGCGGAAGGCUCCUGCUAAGCCUGAAAGGAGUAGAGCACCAAAGGCAAAGAAGGAGAAGGCUAAGAAAGACCCCAACAAGCCUAAGAGACCAUCCAGUGCUUUCUUUGUGUUCCUUGAGGAGUUCAGGAAGACCUUUAAGGAUGAGAAUCCUCAUCUGAGGGGUGUAGCAGUUGUUGGGAAAGCUGGAGGAGAGAAAUGGAAGUCCUUGUCCACUGCUGAGAAAGCUCCAUAUGAAGCCAAGGCUGCAAAAAGGAAAGUUGAGUAUGAAAAACUUAUGAAAGCUUAUGAUAAGAAGCAGGCAAGCUCUGCUGAUGAUGAUGAAUCGGACAAGUCCAAAUCUGAAGUGAAUGAUGAAGAUGAUGAUGCUAGUGGAGAGGAGGACCACCAAGAGGAUGAUGAGGAGGACGACGAGGAAGAGGAUGAUGAAGAUGAUGAUUGAAAUUGAUGUUCAAAACCUUGGUCUUAUGAUGUUUUGUUGAGGGAAGCUAUUAUAUAUUGUGACUGUGCAUACUAGGCUACUUUUUAAUAUUUGUGCUGGUAGAGAAGAAUGUCUUCUUUUGUUGGCAUAUGAUAUAUUUGCCAGCUAUUUGAGCUUCCCUCGGUUAGUUAUCGUACUUGAAUUUCCCUUUGUGCAUUGUAGCCUUAAUUGGUUGCUUUAAGUAAUUUAAAUUUCUUUCUUAUAAGUGCAUUGCCA